AUGGUGGAAGAUAUUAAUUACUCACAAGAAGGCCCAAGGCUGGGAAACCAAUAUUUAGAAGACUCAGCCCUGAUAUCAUAUUUGACAAGUUUUAUGGGAGAUGAGCUGGGAAGGUAUUCAGGAGAAUUAAUAAGGUUUGGGAAAAGGGUUAUAGGCGAUAUUUAUGAAAACCACCUUUUAUGUGAAAAAUUCCCCCCGGUUUUUGAACAGUUUGACGCCUGGGGGAGAAGGGUGGAUAAAAUUUAUACAAAUCCAGCUUGGGGAUUUAUGCAAAAAGUAAGCGCUGAGGAAAGCUUGAUAAAGCAUGGGUAUAGUAAUAUUAUUCAUCAUAGACUUCUUCAAUUUGCCAAACUUUAUUUAUUUAGCCCUUCUUCAGGACUUUUUCUGUGUCCUUUAGCUAUGACUGACGGGGCCGCAUUUUUAAGCAGAGAGCUUCUAAAAGCUAAAGAAGACCCUGAGUUGAUGGAAGCUUAUACAAGGCUGACUAGUAAUAAUCCUGACUCCUCCCCUCCGUGAGUGAACAAAACCAUUAGAAAAAUCGCUAUUUUUUUGCCAACAACCCACCCUCCGUGAGUGAACAAAAAUUUUUUUAAUAGAAAAAUUUUUUAUGGAAAAAAAUUUUGAUAUAUAAAAGAUAGUUAGUAUAAGGAAAUCUUGAGCUAAUUCUGUUUAAUUUUAAACGAAUUGCUUUUUAAAACAUAAAUUUUAUAAAUUAAAAUUAAUAUUUGCUUUCCGAGUUUUGCGAAUUAGGAUUUUUUUAAAUUUCGAAAAAAAAUAUUUUUUAUAAAAUUUAUAUAUAAAUUUUUUUAAAAAAAAAAAAAUUAACCCCCCUCGGUGAGUGAACAAAAUUUUUUUGUUCACUCACGGAGGGGGGGGGGAGUGAGGAGUUUUGGACUUGUGGACAGUGGAUGACAGAAAAACAUGGAGGAUCUGACGUAUCAAAUGGAACUAGGACUUAUGCUGUACAUGAAAACGGAGAUUAUUAUAAGCUGUAUGGAUAUAAAUGGUUCACAUCAGCUACAACCGCAGAUGCUGCUUUUGCUCUUGCAAGAGUUGAUUCUAAGCUGUCCUUAUUCUAUCUAAAAUUAAGAAACGAAGCUGGAGAGCUCAAUGGAAUAAAAAUUGUAAGACUUAAAGAAAAAAUGGGCACAAAACAGCUGCCAACUGCUGAAAUGAUUCUUGAUGGGUGUAGGGCAAAACUAGUCUCCCCAAUUGGACAAGGUGUUAAAUAUAUCGCUCAUUUAAUUAAUAUCACCAGACUUUACAACAGUCUAGGAGCUGUUGCAGCUAUGAGGAGAUCAAUUGCAAUAUCAAGAGAUUACGCAUAUAGAAGAAUUGCAUUUAAAAAGCCUGUAAUUGAAUACCCAUUGCAUCAAUCUACAUUAAGUGAAAUGGAAUUAAGCUUCAGAGGAUGCUUAAUUUUGACUAUUUAUGCAUGAAAUCUGCUGGAAAAAAUAGAAAAAAACACUGCAAAUAGUUGGGAAAAAGCAACAUUAAGGCUUAUUACACCUGUUGUAAAACUUUAUACAGCCAAAAAGGCGGUAGAAAUUGCUAGUGAAGCUAUUGAAUGUAUAGGAGGGGUUGGUUAUAUGGAAAAUUCAAAUAUUGCAAGCAUUUUAAGGGAUUCUCAGGUUUAUGCAAUAUGGGAAGGCACCACAAAUGUGCUAAGUUUAGAUGUACUGAGGGCUAUAGCUACAUUAAAAGACCCAAAUUUGACUUAUUUUAAGAAAACGCUAGAGAGUUUAGGCGCUAGCCAUUUGAUUCAAAGGGUAGAAAAUAUUUUGCCACUGUUAACUCAACAGCAUUUAAGUAGAAAAAUCUCUUGGGAAAUUGGGAAUACUAUGAUUUUGGCUCUUCUUUCGUGGCAGGCACAGGGAACGAAUUGUCCUUGCGAUAGAGCAAUAUAUGAACAAUGGGAGGCUUCAAAUCAGCCGAAUUUAAGAGGAGUUAAUCCAGAGCUAGCUAAAAAACUGGCUACAGAUUCAGCUGAUGGGAAACAAAAAGUUGGGAAAAACGUUGAUGAUCAUGGAGAACCUAGAACUCGCAUUUAA